GUGGUUGGUGGGUGGCGGCCUGUCCGUCUCUCUCGCCCUUUCGCGCGUGCGUCGCGUCGUCGGCCGGUCAGGUCCGGUUUGGGGGCUGCGCGGCUAAGUCGUCGCCGUUGCUGCCGGCGCGCCUUCUCCCGGCUCCUCCUCCGCGGCUCUGGCCCACUUCCGCGCCUUGACGCAGGCAGAGGGGCCCUCCCCGCCUUGGCCGUGUGGGAGGCGCCCGGCCCGCUCCGCGCCUGGACGUUCAAUGCUCUCGGUGGGUGAGAGGCCGCCAGGCCCCGGUCGAGGAGGGUUUUCCUUUGGAAUCCACGUCACACAUUUAUGGCGAUUCUGAGCAUCAGGGCAGAUUUCUGCCGGGCCCAGCACAGCACCCUGGCUGACAAGUGAACUUGAGGCCGGGUCCUACGUGCCAUAAUUCAACUUUGCCUUGAAGAUUCCAAACACUGAGACAUAAGCCUCAAAUAUACGGAGAUACCUUCUGCACAUUGGAAACCUCUUCCACUUAGUGUCUCUUAGAGAAGUGAAAGCUGGCCAAGCCGAAGGGGGAAAAAGACCUACAUUUUUUGUGCCUCACCAGUGCCUCAAUGUAGUAAAGGCUGCCUAUUUUUUGCAUGUAGUAGGAGACUGCAGAGUUUGAAGGAACGCCACCUGCGGUGUUUGAGGGUGAAGCUGAGUUCCAGCUGAUGCUAAAGCAAACCUGUUUUUCUUGAAGUGAAGAAUUCUCUUGAAGAACAAACCAAGUAAACAAGGAAAGCUCUGAUCAAUCUUGGACACUUUAGUGAUUUUUUUAAUGUUUUCUGCUGUGAAACGUUGCAAGUUUUGAACUUUUUUUUUUUGCCCCGACACCUUUCUUGCCACUAUGAACCGUCCCGCUCCAGUGGAGAUUACUUAUGAGAGUAUGCGCUUCCUUAUUACUCACAACCCAACCAAUGCGACCCUCAACAAAUUCACAGAGGAGUUGAAGAAAUAUGGAGUGACAACCUUGGUGCGGGUCUGUGAUGCUACGUAUGAUAAAGCACCUGUUGAAAAGGAAGGAAUCCAAGUUCUAGACUGGCCAUUUGAUGAUGGAGCACCGCCCCCCAGCGAGAUUGUGGAUGACUGGCUCAACCUGUUGAAAACCAAAUUUCGUGAGGAACCUGGCUGCUGUGUUGCUGUACAUUGUGUUGCAGGGCUGGGAAGAGCUCCUGUUCUGGUUGCCCUCGCUCUCAUUGAAUGUGGAAUGAAGUACGAGGAUGCUGUGCAGUUUAUAAGGCAGAAGAGGAGGGGAGCUUUCAAUUCCAAACAGCUGCUUUAUCUUGAGAAAUACCGACCGAAGAUGCGAUUACGCUUCAGAGAUGCCAACGGCCACUGCAUUGUGCAGUAAGGGGGAGGCCCUCCAUGAAGUCAUCUUGAUGCUAUCAUGGCUGUCUUUCUGGACUCGUGGAACCUGAAAAUGUAAUUCUCGAAUUGAAUGACAUCCUCGCCAUGGCAGUGGAGUUGGUGCUCCUCAGCUGUUGUCCUAAUGAUGAUGAUUGUGAUAAAAAAUAAAAUUAAACAAAACA